GUUGUAGUUCAGUUGUGCAAAGGGUUAAAAACGGCAGAGGCGGGAUGCAAAGCUCAAUAGAAAAUAGGUUCAUGUCAUGUUGUUCUUUAAAAACAGAAAACUGUUCAAAUCAGGGUUCAGUCAUUUGUUCUGAUUCAAGUGAAUCCUACAGAUUAAAUCCUUCUGAUGGAUUUAACCUCACAAAUGUUUCUGUUCUUGGUUCGUUUUGACGCUUGAGGGGAAGUAUUGUAAAAUGUCAUUUUGUUUUGUCACACUGAUGUAUGCAGCAGGAAGUACAGCAGCAAUACAAACACGGUCCUGCCAUGUGAGGCGAGCAGAAACGUAAAGGGGGCAGUUCCUCUUUACUUUGUACUUCUGGUUAAGGUAAAUCACACACUUCUGUAACGGGAGCGAAAGCUUCCAUGUGAUGAGAGAAUCUGCCUCAAAGCUAAAUAAUUAUCUGGAUCUGAUCUAACGCAUCACACGCCGUUACAGGCUGAUGGACGUGGGCUCCUUUGUUGUUCGAGCAGAUUAAACCGAGUUCUUCUGAAUCCGUGGGGGACUGGAUGAACUGUUAUAGAAACACGGAUCAUUUCGUGGGUCGGGGUCAUAAAGCAUCUCAGGAAUAUGUGGCCAGUGUUUGGAGGCUGCAGGCACUGAGGAGUGCAGACUGAUGGGUGCCAUGUUGAACAGGUUGAUACAGAUAAAGCCUCUCCUGCACAGAGGACAUAAAGACAGGCUCCAGUGAUGAUCCUCCCAUCCUCACUCCUCUGCAACGAGCAUCCUAAAACUAAACACAUGCACAUGUGGAUGGACCCCUCCAGCAACUUCCAGCACACCUUCUCCUCCAUCACGCCCACUCACCGACUCACUGACAAAGUGUGGCAUCUCUCACAAGCACCUAUGAGAGCCCAAAGGUUGAAAGAGUUCUUCCAUCUUAAGUGGUGUGAAUGAGACUUCAUUUGUUGAUUUCACUUUGCUGGAUUUUUCAUUUUCAUGCACAGCCUCCCCAUUUCACACCAGCACCAGAGCAGGAUAAAAGGUUAACUGGGACAGCUGAAACCUCCAGGGAAUAUCACAUCACACUAGAUUGGAGUCCCUUUCUCAGGCACCAUGCAGUCAGAUGACUUCUUCAUCCGGAAGUUUCGCCGUCAGAAUGUGCGGCCGCCCAUCGCCGCUGUCACUUUUGACCCCAAACGGGAAGCGGGUGUAGUGGAGUGGCCCCCCCGGAAGGCCGGUGACGGAGCUGAGGCAGACCGCCUCACUCCGAGCCGCGUGGGGUUGACCCUGCGGCCAAUGGGACGGGGUCACAUCAUGCAGAGGAGCAACAGCGAUGUGACCUUAGGAGACCUGGAUUCCUCUGGGAAAACUGGGGGGAAAGUGAUCCGAGUGGUGGGUGAAAAGGUGGGAGCGGGACUUCAGGGGGACUCCGGCGUGCUGCUACACAGGGAGUAUGGCAGCCUGUCCUCACUAGAGAGACAAAUUCAAGCCCAGGAGCCAAGCGCAGAAGACCACGGGCCCCUGAGUCCAAGUGCCCUCCGCUUCAAAGACCCCUUUGUGCUUUUAGGAUUGCAUGAAAACCUUGCAGAGCCUGACGGGUUCUUUCGGGGUUUGUCUUCCUCUUCAGCGGACUCACAAAAACCCGACAAACCACCAAAGCCUGAGGGUCUGGGUAAAAAGUCCAAAUCUACACCCCCUCAGAUCCCCCAGCCAGGCCCAUAUGAUAACCUCGGAGGUGGAGCGUGGGUGAGGAACUUUGCCCACUACGAUGUUCAGAGCAUCCUGUUUGAUCUCACUGAGGCGGCCUCAAACAGAGACAGCAUUGGACGCAAAAAGAACAUCACCUCUGGGGCUUCAGCUGCCUCCCAGCUUCGUCCCCUCUCGCAGACUACCCCGUCCUCACCAGCGCAGGGUGGCGUAGGAAACAGCGGGAGCGCCGAUGACCCCGAGCAGUCGCUGCUGCUGGAUGAAGGCGACGGCAACGAUAAUGAGCUCCUCCUCAGCUGUCCCCACUUCCGCAACGAGACCGGAGGAGAGGAGCAGGUGGGUCUGGGUCUGUCGUCCGGCCGGAGGGGGCUCUGGUCGAGCCUGAGAACCCCCAAUGACGCCGUUUCUGUCCUGGAGGAGCCCAGAGAGAGUCACGUCCAGCUGCAGGGCAAGAGCAACUACUUCAUAGAGUAUGCAGACCUGGGAGCUCAUUACUAUCGCAAAUACUUCUACAUGAAAGAACACCAGAAUUUCUUUGGGAACGACGAUCGCCUCGGUCCGGUGGCCAUCAGCUUCCGACGAGAGGAGAAAGAAGGAUCCAGCGGAGCUCAGUACAAUUACAGAAUCAUCUUUCGCACUACAGAGAUGAAGACACUGCGAGGUUCCAUCUUGGAGGAGUCGGUGACCUCGGCUGCGCGUCACCCGACCCCUAAAGGCCUGUCUCCCAAACGCCUGCUGGAGUUCAUCAUGCCUGAACUCAACCUGCACUGCAUCCGCCUGGCCUCCAACUCCCCAAAGGUCCGGGAUACCCUGCUCAAGCUGGACGAACAAGGGCUGAAUUUUCAGAGGAAAGUCGGGGUGAUGUACUGUCGCGCUGGGCAGAGCUCAGAGGAAGACAUGUACAACAACGAGAGCUCUGGACUGGCGUUUGAAGAGUUCCUGGAUCUGCUGGGCGAGCGGGUGCGGCUGAAGGGCUGGGAGAAAUACCGAGCUCAGCUGGACACCAAGACGGACUCUACUGGAUCACAUUCCCUCUACACGCGCUACCAGGACUAUGAGAUCAUGUUCCACGUGUCCACCAUGCUCCCUUACACUGCCAACAACACACAGCAGCUACUGAGGAAGCGACACAUCGGUAACGACAUUGUGACGAUCGUGUUCCAGGAGCCGGGCGCCCUGCCCUUCACUCCAAAGUCCAUCCGCUCCCACUUCCAGCACGUCUUCAUCAUCGUCCAAGUCCACAAGCCCUGCACUGACCACACCUAUUACAGAGUGGCCGUGACACGCUCUAAAGACAUCCCAUUAUUUGGACCUUUGUUCCCAAAGGGUGCGCGGUUCCCUCGCUCGCCUGCCUUCAGAGACUUUCUUCUGGCAAAGGUAGUGAAUGCUGAAAAUGCUGCUGAGAAGUCGGAGAAGUUUCGCUCCAUGGCCACCCGCACGCGGCAGGAAUACCUGAAGGACCUGGCGGAGAACUACGUGACUACCACCACCAUCGACUCCACCACCAAGUUCCCCCUUCUCUCCCUGGGGAGCAAGCGAAAAGACAAGAUGAAGGGCGCUAAAGGAGCUGAGCUGCACAGUGCCGGUGCACUGGUGUGGGCAGUGAUGGUCAACAGAGGAGACGAAUGGGAAGCAGGAGAGCCCAAGCUCCCGUGUCUGCUGGGGGUGUCGGCAGAGUCGGUGGUGCUCAUCGAGAGGUGCAGUCGCAGGGUGGUGUUCAACUGCUCCUGCCGUGAUGUCAUUGGCUGGAAGGCAGUGACAGAGACUAAGGAGGGGGGGCCCUCUUUGGAUAUUUACUAUGAGCGUGGAGAGUCGGUGUCAAUCAGCGUACUGGAGAACCAAGCAGAGGACAUAAAAGAGGUGGUGCAGAGGCUGGAGCUGGUAACUCGGGGCUGUGAGGCUCUGGAGGUCACCCCCCUGCGGGACGGAGUGGGGCAGCCCGGCUUCCUGAUGAAUGAGGAGGGCUUUGUGACAGAGCUGCAGAGGUUCUGCUACGCCGAGAGCGGCGGCCUGCAGCUCUGGGCUCGUGUGGUGCGGCUGUGCGGACACUCCCUGGUUCAUCUGAGCCCGGAGGAGAGGACCAGGCUUCUCCGCACCGCCCACAAGAUCCACAUCACCGUCAUUCCCCCGGAUGAGAACGGCAAACCUCGCAGAAGCUUCUCUGAGCUGUACCAGAAAGCCAUCAAGGACGCGGAGUGCAAGCCCGGCGAGGAUCGAUCAGGAGAGGCCUGGGUGGUGGAUGAGAGGGAGGAGGAGGAGAAGGAGGAGGACCUGAAGCCGGACAGGGUCGGUGAGGCGAAGCCUGCUGAGAUGCAGGUAGAGGCAGACGGGGGUGAAGAGGAAACGUUUGAUGAAGGUCUGAAUGAAGGCAGUCCCACCUCGCAUCUGUCGCCACCGACUUUACCGUUGUUGAGAGCCACGUCUCUGCAGGACCCACCAGCCAAUCAGAACCAGGGGAGCAGCACCACACAGCUGACUCGUAGCCUGUCUCUGGAGAGACAGCUGUCCUACACAGACACGUAUGAUGGACAUGUGUACGACAACGUGGGGCUGAAGGAGAACCAACACAUCUACGAGAACGCCAAGCAGUUGAGGGACGCCACGCCUGAUCUGAUCCUGGCAGUCAAACCCAAGGUUCCCUUGGAAGACGAGCAGUUUACAGGAGCUGAUUUUGAUGACGACAGGGCUUCGGGGAGUGACUCCUCUCUCCCGUCAUCCCGGCUGUCAAGUGUGGACAGAGCUGAGAGAAAUUCACGAGCCCUAAGUCUCCACAACUCCAUCACUAAGAUCCUCUCUGAGACAACAGAUUCGACCGAUGAGGAGUGGCAGUCCAUCACUGGCCUGGCGGCGGCCUGCCGCGGCAUCCUGGAGGCUUUGUCACGAGAGGACCGUAGAUCUGGAGACUCCUCUCAAGGAGGAGCGGAUCAGGCUGACGGCAAGCUGAAAGAUUCUAAGGACAGCGACUCUCCAGGCCACCUAGAAGAGAAGGUGUCGCAACUGGAGGCCAUGCUGAAGAAGCUGCAAGAUGACCUGCAAAAGGAGAAGGAGGACAAGGCGGUGCUGCAGGCCGAGGUGCAGAGCCUCAGGCAGAACAACCAGCGGUUGCAGGAGGAGUCGCAGAGCACAGUGGCCCGCCUCAUCAAAGUCACUGAGCUGCUGUGCAACGUCAACAAGCCCUGUUAGCCUCCCUCCGCCGCACGCACCAACACCCAACCCUGCAAAAACCGUGCAAAUCCUGCAGCACCCUUCAGUGCUCAACACCUUCCUUUUUGAUCAUAUAUAGCUGCAAACACACACACACACACACACAAUAACCACGGUCUGAGGUGUGGGUCUUCCUGCUGGUGAAAGGGACAAAAAAUCCAAACAAGAGAAGGAAAAAAAGAGCAUUUGUAUGAUAAAGUUACCAGUGCAGCUGUGUGUGUGUGUGUGUGUGUGUGUGUGUGUGUGUGUGUGUGUGUGUGUGUGUGUGUGUGUGUGUGUGUGUGUGUGUGUCCUUGCUUCAAAUACUUGACAAGUUCUGCUGAGUAGCACUUACAUAAAAAGUGUCAAUUACGACUGAUAUAGCAUGUUUUCUGGUGUCUCAUGAUGAAACAACCAAAAGUGUACAUAUCUAUAUAUGACAUACAGUAUCGCUGGUUAUGUUUGUAAAAAGUAGGAUUGCUUUCUUCUCGGCCACAUGUGUAGUUGGAAUGUGUGAUUCAUACCGUGGAAAGCCUGAAUAUAAGAAAAAAAGGUGAAAAUAUGACAAAGCCUGUAGGAAGCUUUCAGAAGAUGCUAUGACGCUCACUGACACAGACUUCAUCUCUGCUCUCAUCACUUAGUAGUUUUGUUUUACAGGAAGAGACAAUACAAAAUAAAUCAAAUUCACUAGAAAUAUGUGGGGACGCAGAUCAAAAGUGGACUCCUGGUUCUUGAAGGGAGACAGAAAAAGGCUAUACCUCUCCUGAAGAUGCAGACUCUGCUUCAGCAUCCUUCCAUGACUGCCUGUAGCUGUGCUCUUCUAACCUCAUUACUGUAGCAGCCAUACUGUAGAAGAUCUCCUGCUGGCCUGAACCACAGAAAGCCAAACGGCAGCUUUUCAAAACUAGUUUCAGCUGGCAGAAUAGCUUUAGGUUUAAAACGACACCUGGAAGAAUAUUGUGUGUUAAAGUGUUUCCUGUGUGGCGGAUGUCUCCGGUGACUGUGUGGGUAACUGUUUAAGAGUGGUGUAGCGCCGGGUGAAAUCUCAGUAUUCCACUCUGGAGUGUGUUUCUGUGUCAUGCUUGUCCCUCCCUUAUAAUUUUUGUUUUGUGAACUCCAAACUGGACUUGAUUUCCAGGAGGUGGACACGACUGUCCUCUGCUGACAGUAAGAGAGGAGGCGUCAUCGGGGGAGUCGGACUGCUCCUCCUCAGUGCCAACCAAAAGGUCCCAGGCUGCUCUGCUGGAAUCAAACACAACAAACUCUGAACUUCCACCUUAAGGGAUGCCAAAUGUCACUCAAACUGUUUUAUCGUACAAACUUCCUCCUGUAACUUUUACUUUUGAGUCACUGUGAAUAACUGGUACCAGCAGAUAGAUAUAUAAAAUAUUAAAUUAUGAGUCUAAAACUUCA